GCGUGCCAAGUCUAUUACGCACUCCAGCCCAAUUUUCCAAAGCCAAUUGCCCUGCCACAUGCAACCUUCGAUCGUUCUUAGGCUCACUUUUGAUAACCCCACUGCAACAUUUAUGUGGGUUGUGAAACACGAAUUAAGAUAAAUCAACACUACGCUGUUGAGAGGCCUAAAGAAGGGAGAACAAUGUUUGGGUGUUUGAAUUUACCUUGGUCAUCGCUUCAGUCUUGCUGGCACGCGCUGCGUCUGUGCCUCAGGCGCGAGGUGACCGAGGAGGAAAAGGUGGCAAAAGACACAAGCGCCAAAAUAGAUCGAGAUCUCAUUGAGCACGCCAAGCUUGAGUCACACGUGGUGAAGGUUCUCUUACUAGGCGCUGCAGAAAGUGGCAAGAGCACACUGAUGAAGCAAAUCAAAAUCCUCCACAACAAUGGCUUCAGUAAAGAGGAACUUCUCAGCUUCAAGCCAGCGGUGAUGGAUAACCUGUUGAACUCCAUGAAGAUGGUGCUGAGGGGAAUGGGCCUCCUGAGGAUCAACCUGGCCCACCAGAGGAACAAGGAGCAUGCCCAGUCAGUGCUGUCGUGUGAUUGGUGCGUUGGGGAGGAGGCGGAGCUCCGUCCCUUCCUGGCUCAGGCCUUCUGCUGCCUGUGGGCUGACCAGGGCGUCAAGUUGGCUGCAGCGCAGGGACACGAUUACCAGCUCAACGACUCCGCUCUCUAUUUCUUCGACAACAUCAAUCGCAUCAUCUCCCCGAACUACGUCCCCACGGAAACAGACGUGUUGCGUGUGCGCGUACGCACCACCGGCGUGUUGGAGACGCAGUUCUGCGCGGGGCAGUUUAUCUUCAGAUUGUUUGAUGUGGGGGGGCAGCGUACGCAGAGGAGGAAGUGGCUGCGCUUCUUUGAUGGCGCGCGUGCCCUGCUCUUCCUGGUGGACCUCAGUCGAUAUGACCUUGGGGCCAUGCAGUAUGACCUUCACACGAGGACGGACUCGUCAAGGGGCUGUCUUCAGGAGAGUCUUCAGCUGUACUCCUCGGUUUGUCUCAACCCCAUCUUCAAGCAGGCUGCCUUGAUUUUAUUCAUGAACAAAAUGGAUCUUUUUGAAAAGAAGAUAUUGCACUCUGGGCGGCACCUGCGGUUGUUUCUCCCAGCAUUCCAAGGAGCAGACUGUGAUGUGUCUGGUGCUGCGGGGUUCAUCACCGGUCUCUUCACGGAGGAGCUGUGUGUCUCAAGCCAGCCGGUCUACCAUCACUACACCACUGCCAUCGACACCAGCUGCGUCAGGGACAUCUUCCCCACUGUCAUAGACUGCAUAUCCAAGGGCCACCUGGCCAGCAUGCAUACCCUGUGAGUGAAGCUUACAGGAGUUUUUAGGGUUUUUUAUUUAUUUAUACUUUUGUUGUUGAUUUUAUUUGUUUGUUUUUUGGUUGGUUUACUGACCAGAGUCCCUCAGUGAGGGUACCUCAUGUCUGUGUGUGACCUGUCUGUUGUUUGGUAAUAAAGACAUUU